UCCAGUGAAACCAAUGCAGGACGGUGAACAUGGAGACACCGAAAUCCCUAGAUAAAGGGGUUCAGAGAGAGCAUGCAGCAAGCUCAAAACUAGCGAGUCUCAAGAAGGCUCUCUUCGGCAAGGAUGAUUGUGAGGACUCCGAUUUGGGACCAAUGACUCCGCUUCGAUUCGGAAGCAAACGAAAAGGGCCCAAGAAGCGUAAUUUUGAAGCCUUCACGCCCACUUUUCCAGCCCAUACUCCCUUGAGCAACAUCAACUCAUUCCGGAACCUGUUCGGAAACGAAUCCCCGGAAAGUGAUCGUUCCCUUUCGCCCGACUUUUUGCUGCGCUUCACUAACAACGGUCGCUAUGAGCUGGUUCCGGAGAGCGAGAAUCAGCAUAAUGUUGACGAAGAAACAAGAUUUUCGUUCCACAAUAUUCCGGAAACACCGUCCAGCCAUCGCGUAAGCACCGAAGAGAACGCACUACUCGACGAAAACAACUCUAAUUCCCUGUCAAAGAUGAUGAAUUCGGAUUUAAAUCUUGUCGACAAAAGAACCAAGCCACUUCUUCGGACACCGGGUGUGACGAGCCGAUCGAGCGAAAGCAAACCUGUGGCCGCCAAAUCGCAGGGUCUGUCGCUCCGUCGAACACAUCAUCACGCGCCAAAGCCACAGUUCGUGACCGCUUCGUACGCUACCACGUCCAUCUCGUUAUCGCCUUCUCCCGAGCCAUCGAAUGCUGAUAGUGAGAAGGAAAAUGAAUCUCCUCCCAGACGCUCCAGUAACAAAGCACGCAUCUCUCUGCAGUUUAACGACAUUCAGCCGAUUCCGACUAAGUCAUUCUACUCAUCCGUGGCGGACAAACGACCAAAAACUCCAAUUCCAGUCGUUCUCGUCUCUCCGGAAGCAGAUGAGCCCGACCGUAAAGACAAAACACCGCCGACAACUAAAACACCUCACAAAAGCACCAUGCGAAAACGUUCGAAAUCUUUCUCUUCUACCGCACCCCGUUUGGGGCAGCGAGGCGUGUGCCAUAAGAUACGGAAACCGUCGAAAAAACCGUUAGUGAAAGGUGAGCCCGACAGUGAGAACAAAACGGAACCACACUCCAAGAAACGGUCCAAGUCUGAGAAGAAGGGUGCAAAGAUUGCAAAAAGUUGUCCAACGACACCGAAAAGUUGCGGCGAUGAAGAAAGCGAAUGUUCCGACGGUACCGACGUACGGCGCCGAUUGAAACGCGUGGCCGAAAUCUUGCGACACGGACAGGAUAAUCUGAAACGCGUUCGUCCCCUAUCGACGGCACGGUCGAUGACGGAUCUGAGCGCACUAUCGGCCGGCGAAGAAGCUCACAGUUCGUCCUCUUCCGAAGAAGAAGACUCAGCACUGGAGAGCCAACAGAACCGUAAAUUUUUUCGUUCCGCCGACAGAAAACGAUCAUCGCGCAAAGUUUACAAUCACUUGAACUCAAUCAAGUUCACCGUCCGCGGGGGCAAGCGAAAGUUGUCAAGUUUCCCCGAGGCUCCAAAGCGGCCGCGGAUGGAGUUUUCAAUGAGCGAAGACUUCGACUUCGAUCUCGAGCAGCUCGAGGUGGAAGAUUUGAUUAAUCGGUUAGACAACAGCAAUAGCAAUUACGUAGAACCGUUCAAGUCCGACUCGCAUAACGGCCAACCGGGAGCGGAGGAUGACACUAGCAACGAUGAGCCGAUACCAAUUCAACCGAACGUUAUCUACAUUCCUGCGCAUGAAUUAACAUCGGAUAUGGAAGAUGAAGAACCACUCUAUGAUCAAGCUUCAGAUAGCAUCUUUGUCCACGGUCACUUAUCGGCGGCUGGAUUAAGCGAGGAUGUGAUCAACGCGAUGGCGGUUGACAACGCGUGCGAUAUAGGGGAUGAAGUCUAUGAACACACAAACAACACAAACACCGGUCCCGGCAGUGUGGCCAAAAACGAAUACUACCCAAUUUUCUAUAAGGAGCGCGUCCGUGAACUUUGGAAAUCGAGGCAAGCCGAGGAACUACAACCCCACGACUUAUAUCAUUUGAUUCGUGAGACGCCAAAUGGCAAACGAAAGCGCUACGGCAUUGGUCACGAUCAGUAUCAGAUUGAUGCGGGUCAGCGGUCGUAUGGUGCCAGGAAGUGCAUCGAGUGUGGUCUUGUCUACUCUCACAAUGAGCCGGAAGAGGAGCUAAUCCAUGACAAUUUCCAUCGCUCACUAGCGAAGCUUACGUUCGGCGGGUGGACCAGUGAACACAUCGUCACGCCGGUACCUGAGUGGGACGUCACCGGUCGAAUCAUCGUUGUCUCGCAGUCGGAUAGCAAACAAUGGUUGACGAAGGUACAACACAUCUUGGAGGUGGUAGAUAGCGAGCUGGGCUAUGCAACAAACGGUCAACUGCCGGACGGUGCUUUUGUGUACUUGGCCGUGGCUCGCUCCAUAGUGCUGGGUAUUUGUGUCGUACAGUCGCUGCAGUUUGCUAACCGUAUGGUAAGCCUCGAUGGACUUCACGGAGCACCAAUCGAUUGCUACUCGUCCGAGUUCUACCCAGCCAAGUGCGGCGUAUCGCGCAUUUGGGUGUCACCCAAAUAUCGACGGCUCGGUGUUGGCGCGAGACUAAUAGACGCUAUCAGGGGACACUACAUCUUUGGUUACCUCCUGAAGAUUGACGAUAUAGCAUUUGGGGCGCCAACCGAAAGUGGUAAACUGUUUGCCGAAGCGGUCACCGGACGGAAGGAUUUCCUUGUUUAUAUUUAAAACCUUUUUUGUUGUCUUUAUUGUUUUUUUCUUUUGUUCGCUUUAUGAUAAAAUAUAUAGCCCCCGAGAUUGGUUUGG